CAUUUCAUUCGUUAUAAGCAGCUGGUAUUUGAGACUCAGCUUUAGUUUACUUUAAAACGCAGUCGAGAACGAGACGAAAAUGCGAAUUAAAUACGUGAUGAUUUUAAAGUUGUUGUUGCUUUUCGGGUUUGUGACGGCAAAAAGCAAUUCUAAUAAUAUAAAUUAUAAAAUUGUUAAAGUGAGUAAUCAAUGCGAUGGUUAUUGUUUCAAAAUGUUAUUGUUUCUGGAGAACAUUGCGGAAACAAAGACUAAACUUGACAACUGUGAAAAUCUUGUCAACUCUAAGGAUGAGCAGAUUUUCGAAUUGGAGAAUCAGUUAGCGGCUCUUAAGACUAAUGAAAAUUUGUUCAAUGAGGCGAUCCAACAAAAGGAUGAUCUCAUUAAGGAGCUGGAGCAAAAGACAUGUCCCGAAAACAACGAACAAUCUGAUGAAUUACUUCAGUUUUCAGCGGACGAGGCUCAUGCUAAUCAGACGAUGGAAUUGAUUAUACAAGAGUUGCCAACAAAUUGUCUUCUCUCUAUAAGAAAUCAAUUCAUAAGGUAAAGGUUCCCAAUGUGGGCAGACUUGAAGUGCUAUGCGAUGAAGGUGGUUGGACAGUGGUGCAAACACGAUUCAAUGGCAGUGAAAAUUUUUAUAGGAACUGGUCUGACUAUCGCAAUGGUUUUGGUAAGCUGCAGGGAGAGUUCUUCAUUGGAUUGGAGGCAUUGCAUCAGAUGACAACAUCGGAGCGCUUUGAGUUGCGUAUUGAGCUUAUGGAUUUCCAUAAUCACGUUCGCUAUGCUCACUAUGAUAAUUUUAUCAUAGACAGCGAUGAAGAUGAAUAUAGACUGAAUUCUCUGGGAUCCUAUUCGGGUAAUGCUGGAGAUGCGUUGCGAUAUAAUCUUCGAGAUAAAUUUACAACCUUCGACUGGGAUAACGAUAAUUGGUCAUAUGGAAAUUGUGCGAAAUACUAUUCAAGUGGCGGUUGGUUCAAUUUGUAUGCCAAUAGUAAUCUUUUUGGCAAAUACUUUGAUUCGCAAGUGGAAAAUAUGGAAAGCAUCUGGUGGUACAACUGGAAGGGCUACAAAUCUUUAAGCUCCGUCAAAAUGAUGAUUCGCCCAAGAGACUCCGAGAUUUAAGUUCAGACUCCAAUUUGUUUAACUACGUCAUUAUAUUUUAUUUUUAUAUUUUGCAGCUGUUAACACUUAGCACAUGUGUAUACAAAGCCAAGAUAUGUUAUGAUAUUUGGUUUUGCUGCUUGUAAAUUUUAUGUAACACAUGUAAUAAUUUAUUAAUUAACUUAUUCACACGGAACACAGUUUUGUUUGCCUGCCUUACACUUAAGUGCUAAAACGUAAUAUUAAGAACUUAUUGAAAUUAAGGAGUCAGAGAUGCUAUAGCUGAAGUAAUCAUAAGAUUUGAACAAGUUGUUACUUAUAUAAAAAUUAGUAAUAGUGAAUCUUUAUAGUUAUUGGAGUUAAAGAAAAUAAUACUUAAGAUACAAAUAUUAUAAUCGUUAAAUCAGGUAACGUCAGUCACAAGUUUCUGCUUGUGACUCUCCAACAUUUUGAUUAACAGCAAUAACAACAGGAGUCUAAAGUUGAACAAACUUUGAAGCAACCUCAAGAUGAAUCAGGAACAACCAGCAGAAUUGCUUUUUCCUCUAUUGAAUUUGAAUUUUAUU